CUUUAGUGUUAUCCCCUGCAGGAAAAACAUAAAGUAUCGUUUUAAGAGGCGGGACCUUUAGUGUCCCUUUGAUUAUACCUGCAAUGACAUCACUGCAGAGAAACGAAACAAAGGACUCUUAGAAAAAUGCUAUUCCAAAUUUUCUGGAUAGUUUCAUCUGAAGUGCUGCGAAGGGUGAGUGGUAGGAAACGAACGCAGUGAACAAAAAUCUCAAUCUGGUUCUGAAUCCUUUUGCCAUUUUCCCGUGAAGUCCGUUAAUAUAGUAGCAGAAAUGAUCAUGAAGUCCACAAUUUUUCUCAUCUACCUUGUGGCCUCAAGUUUGCUUGUAAAUGGCGUUGAGUCAAAGAAAUCAGGGGAUUCAUCAUGGAGUUCAUACAUUUGGAUGGGUGCUGGUGCAGUUGCUGCUGUGGUUGCUGCACCUGUGGCACUUGGGGCUGCUGGAUUUACAGCUGCUGGAAUUGCAAGUGGUUCCCUUGGAGCUAGCAUGAUGUCAGUUAGUGCAAUUGCAAAUGGAGGAGGCGUAGCUGCAGGUGGUGUGGUAGCUACUUUGCAAUCUCUUGGAACUGGCUUAGGAAUGACUGCAUAUGCAGUGACAACUGCUGCUGGAACCGCAGGUGGAUACGCUGCUAAAAAAAUCUUUGAAGAUGAAGAUUAAAGUAGUCUAACGUCAAAAUGUUUUUUUCUACUUCCUGCCAUCUUGCUGUACAAGCUCUGUAUAAUGUACUUGCUUUGUCUUUUGCAAGACUGGUAUGGUUUCACAUGUUCGAGAUAAAAUACAAGUAGAGCAAUUUGGUUGCAUAGAAUGGAAAAAUAUUAUGCUAGUCCAUUUACAGGAAUUAAUUAUCUGAUCAGAUUAAUAUAUUUGUGUUUGUUUUCCUAAUACAAUACUACGAAAAUAAUUGAAAGACUUCAGAGGUUUUUAUUCUUCCCAGUCUAAUGUGCGCUGUCUGUAAUUGAUUAAGUAAAUUGGAGGGGCAGUUAUACGAACUUUUGCAGUAUCAUUCAAGAAGAUCCAUCCUUGUGGCAGGUAGCAUGAAUGGUUUUAAUUUCAGUAUUGUAAUAAAGAUGGUACCACGCUUUGGCAGAA